AUGUCAGACAGGGAACAGCAGAUCUUCGAACAGGAUGUCAACAGUCUCAAGGCCAAAUGGGCUAGCCCUCGAUACAAGGGUCUUGUCCGUCCUUACACCGCCGAGCAAGUGGUCGGAAAGCGCGGGACGUUGCCAAUCAGCUACCCUUCAGAUGUCGCCGGCAAGAAGCUUUGGAAUCUUCUUAGCCAACACUACAAAAAUGGAACGCCCAGUCACACCUAUGGGGCACUCGAUCCCGUUCAGGUUACUCAGAUGGCCAAAUACUUAGAAACCGUAUAUGUUUCGGGUUGGCAGUCCUCAUCCACUGCAAGCUCUACCAAUGAGCCCGGGCCUGAUCUUGCGGAUUACCCUUCGAACACUGUCCCGAAUAAAGUGGAGCACUUGUUCAUGGCCCAGUUGUUUCAUGAUCGCCGGCAGCGUGAGGCCCGCUUGAGAAUGACACCUCAAGAGCGAAUGAAAAUCCCACCAGUUGACUAUAUUCGACCAAUCAUCGCUGAUGCCGAUACUGGUCAUGGGGGUCUGACGGCAGUUAUGAAGUUAGCCAAGAUGUUUGUCGAAAAGGGAGCCGCUGGGAUUCACAUUGAAGACCAAGCGCCAGGAACCAAGAAAUGUGGCCACAUGGCUGGCAAGGUCUUGGUACCUAUUUCUGAGCACAUCAACCGAUUAGUCGCCAUUCGUCUUCAGUUUGACAUUAUGGGAGUAGAAAAUAUAGUAGUUUGUCGAACUGACGCUGAAGCAGCCACCUUACUGAGCACAAAUGUUGAUGAACGAGACCACGGUUAUAUCCUUGGAACAACUAAUCCCAACAUCGGCCAUCUAGUCGACCUGAUGAAUCGUGCCCAAAGCGAAGGCAAAUCGGGAGAAGCGUUACAAAACAUCGAGGACGACUGGACCUUGAAGGCCAACUUGGUUUUGUAUUCGGAUGCCGUCGCGGCAGAACUCAAAAUCCGAGGCGCUGCGCCCAACAAAAUAGCCGACUGGGUGAAAUCUUCGAUGGGACUGAGUCACCAAGCUGCAAAGUCUUUAGCCAAGAAGUACUAUGAUGUCGAAAUCUUUUGGGACUGGGACAUGCCACGUACUCGCGAAGGCUUUUAUCGCUACCAAGGAGGAACCGGUUGUGCCAUCAAUCGUGCAGUAGCUUACGCACCCUACUCUGACCUCUUGUGGAUGGAGACCAAGAGUCCGAUCUUGGCUCAGGCUCGGGAAUUCUCUCAAGGCGUUCGCUCAGUUUGGCCAGAUCAAUGGCUAGCUUACAACUUAAGUCCUUCGUUUAACUGGGACGCCGCAGGCUUAUCGACCGAACAAAUGAAGAGCUACGUUUGGGAAUUGGGUAAAAUGGGCUUUUGCUGGCAAUUCAUCACAUUGGGUGGUCUUCACUCUAAUGCAUACAUAUCCGACCUGUUCGCCAAAUCGUUCGCCAAGGAAGGUAUGAAAGCCUACGUUGAAGAGAUCCAACGAAAGGAAAGAGAGAUCGGCUGUGAGGUUUUGACCCAUCAAAAAUGGUCGGGCGCAGACUAUGCCGAUAACUUGCUCAAAACUUGCACGGGUGGUGUCAGCUCGACUGCCGCUAUGGGCAAGGGAGUCACCGAAUCGCAGUUUGGAAGCCAUUAA